AUGUUCCCAGGGACAAGGAUCCCUGUACUACUGACCGCUCUAACGUCUCUGUAAAAGUAACAAAUAAGUUGAAGAAAUUGCAGGUUAAGAGGAAACCGUGUGUUGUUAGGAAAAUGAACGCCUCAACCACUCCCGUCACCACGGCCAAUGAAAAAGCUGAAAAAGUGAGCAAGAAGUUAAAGAUGAUUCGUAAGGUAAAGAAAGCGUUGGCUGUAAAGCGACAGAACGUUAGCAAAGACAGUUAUACCCCAACUGGUCCAACCACCUCUACCACAAUUAUCGCCACUGAAAAAGUUACCAAAAAGCUACAAAUUAUAAAUAACUUGAAGAAAAUGCUGGUUAUUAAGAAACCGAACGUUAGCAAAGAAAAGGAUACCCAACCUGGCCCAACCACCGACACAAAAGUGACAAAAAAACCUAAGGUGACGCAUAAGUUAAAGAAAACGCAACUUGUAAAGAAACAGAGUGUUGUAAAAGACAUCAGGAAGAUCUCCAUCGUUAGCACAGAUGAGGAUACCCAACCUGUUCCUCCCACAGUCACUCCGAAAGUCACAGAGAAGUUACCAAUGGUGACAGAUGAGGUAAAGAAAACACAAGUUCUAAAGAAACAAAGUGUUAUCAAGGAACCCAAGAGGCCUGUUAGCAAAGAACCUAGGAAGACCUCCAAAAAACCUGUGAAGUCAAAGACCUCUGGUCCAGAGAAACAUGUUAAUAAAGUCACAGAAGUGCUAGGAAGUAAAGACAAAGAAGUGGUAGAAAGUAAAUCAAAGGAGGAAGAUGAUAAACCAUUGGUAGAAACAUCACACUCAACAGCUAGCAGUGUCUGUGACCAGAAGAUGGUUAACGGACACUUAAAGGAGAUUACUAAGGAAUCACCAAAAUACCAGACAAGUCUUAAAACAAGUCUUAAAACAAGCACAGUUUCCAAAUCCAAGAAAUGCGAACCACGAAACCAUAAACCUGCUACUCCCAAAACCCCUACAAAUACUCCCCAAACCCCUACAAAUACUCCCCAAACCCCUACAAAUACUCCCCCAAACCCCUACAAAUACUCCCCAAACCCUUACAAAUACUCCCCAAACCCCUACAAAUACUCCCCAAACCCCUACAAAUACUCCACAAACCCCUACAAAUACUCCCCAAACCCCUACAAAUACUCCCCAAACCCUUACAAAUACUCCCCAAACCCUUACAAAUACUCCCCAAACCCCUACAAAUACUCCCCAAACCCCUACAAAUACUCCCAAAACCCUUACAAAUACUCCCCAAACCCUUACAAAUACUCCCCAAACCCCUACAAAUACUCCCAAAACCCCUACAAAUACUCCCAAAACCCCUACAAAUACUCCCAAAACCCCUACAAAUACUCCCAAAACCCUUACAAAUACUCCCCAAACCCUUACAAAUACUCCCAAAACCCCUACAAAUACUCCCCAAACCCUUACAAAUACUCCCCAAACCCUUACAAAUACUCCCAAAACCCUUACAAAUACUCCCAAAACCCCUACAAAUACUCCCCAAACCCCUAUCAAGGAGGAAGCGAAAAACUCUACUUUCUUUGGGAAGAUUAAAAACAGGCCAUACAUCCGGCCUCCGCCCACCGCCUACCUAGACGAGAGGUACACCACCAUGCCGAAACGCAGGAAAGAGAUGUCCUGGACUCCUCAUUUCUCUCCAGUGCUCCCGGACCUGGUGGUGGAGGCAUCGGGGACCACGGCUACACCGUUAUUAGUCCAUAGACGACGCUGUGCCAAGUGUUUCUUGUCCUUCAACAGUGGAGAAGAGUUGCAGACGCACCUCUCGUUGAAGAAGUGUACAAAACUUUUUGGCUUCGACUCAGAUGAGGACAGUAAGUAAGUAGCUGGUGAAGCUUAUAGACAAGAGGACAUGUUUGGAUGUGCUGCUAGGGAAAAAGGGUGGGGGGUGUUUAACCCCCUCCAAAACCUGCUAGGAGUGUUGAACCCCUUUCGACCCUGCUACCUUACUGAGGGACGACCAGGGUUUACAGGACUCUAACAUGACUUGCUGGCUAGUCUGGGACAGCCGUGCCAGUACUCCCCUUGUGACUGAGGCUGGCAAUCUGAGGCGGCCUACAAACGGAAGACACCUCUCAACCCCUGCUACCUUAUUGAAGAGGGUUCUUCAAGCGUUAACUCUUACAUGACUUGCUGACUAGCCUGGGAUGUGACUGAAGUUGACCGGUGGUUACAACAGAAGACGGAGAACAUUAUUAAAGGGUUUUGACCGUUCUUCCAUGUUCAGUCUCCCAUGGUCCAUAGGAGUAACCUACGACCUUUGAACCCUGACCCUCAAAUACAAAAGUUCAGGGGUCUUUUGGAUUGACCGAUUUGAUUGAUUGACCAGGAAGUGUCUCUAAACUAAAGCCCUAAGGACUUAUGAAGGCGGACACUAUAUGAGACCUGGCAGGAUGGUCGGAUAGUUAAUAUAUAUUCUUUGUUUUUCUUUGUAUUUACUUUGGACUGAAGAAGUGCCUGGAACCAACCUGCUACUUCCUGCUUCUCUUCUAUUGGUCAAUGGUCUAGGGGUUUUGCGUCCCAAAUGGCAUCUUAUUCCCUCUAUAGUGCACAACUCUAUGUGAACCCUGGUCAAAAGUAGUGCACUACCUACCCUAUGUGGGGCUCUGGUCAAAAGUAGUGCACUAUAAAGGGAAUAGGGUGUAAUUUGGGCCACAGAGACUUAUUGCUGGGGUCAAGGAAUGACUCUUGAAGCUGUGAGAACUGAUGUUAUGCAGGGAUAUUAACUAUACAAAAAUGUUCAGAUAUUUAACACACACUAAAAAAAAUAAAAACUAUUGCUCGUCUUUUUUGCUUUUUGCACUUGUCACUUAAAACCCAAAACCCCUAGUGAGUUUAACAGUCAAACUGCCAGGGGUUAAGAGUUUCCAAAACCUCUUCUAUGGAUUAUAUAUCUACGGCCACAACGCAA